CAAGCUAUUUUUGGAGAGGACCCUCUGGUGUCAUUUCCCGCUUCGGCCACGAACGGAAGGAACAAAAUGUUGAAGUGUUCUGACUUCGCACUGUUAUAUAUUGGGACUGCAUACUUGCGUUUUGUCCCAUCCUGAGCACAUACGUUAAUACUCCACUUGUACUUGCAACGGACAAAUUCAAAGCCGUGUGAACCUAAAGGAGAAUAAAUCUCUGCUCUGGUAAAAAAAAAACAGUGACAAAAGACAGAGUGGACAGUGUACACAAAGGUCGGCAGCUUCGUUUACAGAGAAAGCUGAACUCUUUUCGAAAUUUUCCGUAAGCAGCACCAGCUCUGUAGCAUCAUGGCAAGCCACAUCGUCUUUUUUCUGUCGUUGGCCACGACUGUCGGCAUCACGAUUUCUGCAACUAUUGAACCCGAAUCCAGCACAGUCACAGUCCAAAGAGGCCAGCAGCUGCGACUGUCGUUCAAGAUAGGCAUUUCUCGCGAUGAAAAUAUAACUGAAAGUCAGUGGGUACGCACUGAAUCUCAAGAUCCGUAUGAUACAGUAGAUGUAUCAACCUGUAUCCCUGACGAGGACGUGCCGUGUAUAACAAGCAUCACUGUGGACCAACGUGGGAAAGUGAAAUACCUAUUUGUUGAUGAUGCACUCGCAAUAACGACACUGAUAAUUGAUGAAAGCACUUUAGGAGAUAACACAACGUUCAGAUGUCGAAUUGAGAGGGAACAACCACGCGGCGCCCAAAUAUCGCUGCCAAUAUACGUGACCGUUCACUACCUGCCUAACGAAACCUAUCCAGUGUGUACAUCGUCAAACUUGACCGAAGCCCCCCAACCGCCGCCUGUUUUGACAUGUUCAGCUGGAGAAUCCCAUCCAGCUGUAUUACUUGAGUGGACGACACUUGACGGAAACUCAGACAGAAUAACCCUCUCAAACGACACGGAACGUUUGGAGGACCGAGUUCAAAACACGCUGAAUCUUAGUUCUCUGAGCACACCGUAUAACAACCAAACAUUCACCUGUUUCAUGACGAGUGAGGCCUAUCCUGAUUUCAGCAGUAACUGUUCGAUCGGGCCAAUUGGACCAAUCGUCGUCUCUACAGCUGAACCGACAACCGGGGCCACGCAAGUUCUCGAAACCCACCCCAUGGUUACAGACGAGGCAGUAUCGACACUCAGCCCCAUCGAGGUCAUCGCAGCGACGGCAGGCGCCGGUGCUGCUUUCUUCGUCACCAUUGCUGUUAUCGUUUGCAUUGCUUCAUCGGGGAAAGCCAAGCCACGGCGUCGAAAGCCGGCUGCUUACCACAUGCCGGUAUACAGUCGACAUCAAGCUGAUGCCGUAAGGCCAGCCUCGAGUGACCCUGCCAAUGUAAACCAGAGCAGCGAUACUCUGACUGUGACCCACGGACUUCCUAACGACAGUGUACCACUGGAGGAGAACACACCGAGGGAGCGGCCACCGGCGGCACUGCCAAGGACAUCACCCGACGUCUAUGCAUACGCUUCUAUAGCACCAGACCGCCAGAGACAUCUUUCGCCGCCGGACGUUUUUCUUGAUUCAGAUCCAGCUCCACAAAAAACGAGAAGCGAAGGCUACGCUUACGCCAGUGUGCUGGAGACAGAGAGACAAAGGCCAGCAUCUUUCUCAAGUUUAGAAACUGACAAAAAGACAGGGCAAGAACCAGCGAGACCACAAACCCGUGACACAAACUCGACCAGCCCCGCAAUGGGGCAGACCCCGCGUGCAGCGUCGACCAAAGCACGCGGGAGCAGCAACGAAAGCGGAGGCAACGACGCUGCAAGCGGCACAGGUUUCGUCGACAACAUCUUGUACAUCCCUUCCACGGAAGACGUCGUCACUCGCAGGACGUCCAAGAAGUUACCAAGGCUUGACCCGUUUUGACGAUCACGAGGCUAACUAGCAUGCAUCAAUGAAACCAAGUGCUGAAACAGGACACAGUAGGCCUACAGUUCUGUCCCGUGUCCAGAUCUAAAUCAACGGGGGGAAGUAGAAAUGCUAAAAGCCUUGCGUUAAAAAGUAAAGGAUAUUUAACCAGUGCUGAAUACCGUGACACCAUCCAAUUGAUAUUCUGGACCUAUUUUGUGCAGCCGUGACGCUAACAUUUCAUGGAACUGGAUCGUUUUGUAUAAAUAUGUCCGCUAAAACGUGUAAAUAGUGCUUUUGCCGGCAUCUGGGAAAUUCGCACACAAGGAUAGCAUACGCUUGGGCUGCAGUUGAAACACUUUCCCCUCUCAUAAUCAUGUUUAAAAUCUACAGGCAUCCUAAAAUCGAAACCAAAGGCGUAUGAGAGGGAGGUGGUCUCGAAAUCUUUUUUUCUAAUCCUUUGCAAUCCUGAGUUGUUUUGCUGAUAAAACAACCAUAGAACAGAAGUGUUGAUUUUUAAUGGACAUUUACGAGGCACCAAACUUACUUGAUUUGAUGUUCCUUUUUUAAAGGAAAAUCCAAGUGGAGUAUGCCCCGGUUCCCCUAGUCUGGGGAUCCCUUUCCGGGUGUUACUGCACAGUCAUUGCAUUACGACCCCCCCCCCCUUUCUGAUAAUCCUGGGUACACCCCCGGAAAUGCCCUUGUCAAGUGUGCAAAAACAUUGAUGACGUGAUGCUCGCGAAUUUUGUCAUGUCACCGCUUCUUCACAUUUCACCUUACGAGGUUUUCUCGCCGACACUGGGUUUUUUGUUUGUCGAGUCACCUUAAUAAUUAAGCACCUGCCCAAACUGUGAACGUAUCCGCUAACGGUUUCCAAACCUCGCCUUCGUCUCCAGCUUUCGGUUUCAGGAAAUCGGCUGUUCGGCCUCCUGACCUGGAAACAUCCGCUCUUCACGAUGACGUUUCAUGUUGUCCUUCAGGAUAGGAACACCGGGGAAUUUCCAUGUGUAGGUCAAAGUAUAAAACCUUUCACGGUUUUGACAUUUAAAGUUUGUUAGCUGCAAUGAAUUUUUCAAAGACACAAUUUUAUUUUCCACUUUGUAGUUUUCUUGUAUGUCUGAAAACUCUUUCGUUUUCCUAUUCGGUUAAAUGCAUUGGAAAGUGCUUUUUUUAACAAUUAAACAACUGAGGGUGCUGUUACUGUUAAGUCAUCCGGGUAAGGCACAAUUCAGUGCAUAGGCUGUUCAGAUUGUUAACCCAGAAUUUACUUACUGAAAGCAUUUCUGAGAGAGAGAAUGGUACUUGCUUUUCGCUGCGCACAUAAACAUCUGUAACAUCUGCAAAGAAGAACAAAACUGAGUCCAGCAAAAUCUACACAAAUGCAGGACUUUUUUGUGUAUAAACCAAUGUAACAUUAAGGCUUCUUCCUUGGAUGACAUCAGUUUAGCUCAUGAAUAUUAGCAUAAACAAUAGUUUUGCUAACGAACUCCUAAAGAUAAAACCAAAAGGGUUGAAGUAAAACACCAUUUGAAGUAGUGGCAACGGGAGCUGGGCUGCUGCUAUAUGUGGCAGCGUAUAAAGGGACCCUAUUGUUUAAUAGGACACCGGCAACCAACAAGUCUCCAACACGGUGGAAGAUUUUCUAAAAACAAAAUCAAGUUGGAGUUGAUCAAGCACUCUCAGAAAAGACACUGGAGAGAUCGCAGCCAUUAGCCCGUACCGAUAAAUCUUGUGUAACACUUCAAGACACAAAUUGACCAUUUCUUAGAGGGCCAUAUCUACAUGCUUUUACGUCGACUUCGUAUGGAACACUAAGCUUUUACACUGCGGUAGGUCUAAUUAUCAGUACGUAUGUAUAGAGCGUUUCUUUCACGCGGCCCUAUUUUUUAGUUUAAAUGAAUAACUUGAUUUUUCAAGGAUUUCAAUUAAAACAGAACUGAAAGGCAUUUUAAUUUCCCAAUCAGUAGGUAGUUAUUUCAGUAUCAUAAUGGAUGAGCCAAAGUGUUAAUGUCAUUGUACAGUCACUGUGAAGUGGAAAUAAAGAUUUUACAUGUCAGCAGUAGUCGC